AAAAAUAAAUAAGGAAAGAAAAAAGGAGCGAUAGAAAGACGAAAGCCUUAAAAUACAGACUGAAGGUUCACGAUAUGUCACGCAGGACAGCCACCUGUGCGACACACCUGAACCACCGAAGCUGAAGACAAAAAAGGUUCAAAUGAACUCAACUCUCCCACUGCGCAUGCGCAACUUACUCAAGGGCUCCACUGUCAUGGCGCUGACGAGUCGAAGCAACCGGGGGUGAAACAGGAAGAGAGAACAGCGCUGCUGGCUUCACAUUCACAUUAAAACUACUCCGUGGAGUUCGUCGGAGAGGACGGAGCGGCUACACAUUUCUAUCUGUUGUUUGUGGACUCUUACCAGACCUGCUGACGGACUUGCUGCUUCCAGUUUGUGAGUUUUUUUUAUUUGUUCCCCAGCCGCGCUACCUGUCAAGUGUCUCCGUUGAGUGACAAUAGCAGGUAUUAAAGUCACGGUGUGCUGCUUCUUUUUUAAAAAAAUAAAUUGGACGCUAAGAGAAGAGGGGUGUUUCAUCUGUUUUUCGUUUCUUUUUUGUGGUUACCUGCAGCUCGUCUUUAGCAGCAUUAAUCCACUCGCCUCGCAUCAAGUUACGGAGCAGAGGGCACGGGAUCAGCCGGUGUGACAUUUCUCUUCACAACACCUGACAAAACCGCUUUCUUUUUGCACACUUUCAGUGUCUGUUUGCUUAAACCGCUUUGGAUGGGGAGGGUGACGAGUUGCCUGUUUGCCAGCAUACUGUCACCAACUCAUCUGGAGCGGAGAUAAAUUUGACUUUGAUCGUCAACUGCUUCGUUGGAGGUUAACAGGUGCCUUCUUUACCUGUCGGCGAUGGCUACCGAGGAGGCUGACGGGAAAGACGGCGGACCGGGGGCCGUGCCGCCCCUCAACCCGGGAGUCCCUAUCAGGGGUAUACGGACGAAAUUCGCCGUUCUCGCCGGUCUGGUGGAAGUUGGGGAAGUUUCUAACCGAGACAUUGUGGAGACAGUGUUCAACCUGUUGGUUGGCGGCCAGUUUGACCUGGAGAUGAACUUCAUCAUCCAGGAGCUGGACAGCAUUGUGUGCAUGGUGGAGCUGCUGGACAAGUGUGAGCCCACCUGUCAGGCUGAGGUCUGGAGCAUUUUCACGGCCAUCUUGAAGAAGAGCGUGCGCAACCUGCAGGCUUGUACUGAAGUGGGUCUCAUCCAGCUGGUGCUGCAACGAAUAUCCACCACUGACAGCAUGAUUGCAGACCUGCUGGUGGAUAUGUUGGGUGUUCUUGCCAGCUACAGCAUCACAGUAAAAGAGCUGAAACUUUUCUUCAGCAAGCUCCAAGGGGAGAAAGGUCAAUGGCCUCAUCAUGCUGUCAAGCUGUUGUCAGUACUGAAGUACAUGGCUCACAGGAAUGGGCCUGACUCCUUUUUCAACUUUCCGGGAAAAAAUGCGGCUGCUAUAGCUAUGCCUCCAGUAGCAAGAUGGCCAUACCAAAAUGGAUUUACAUUUCACACGUGGCUCCGAAUGGAUCCAAUCAACAACAUCAAUGUGGAUAAAGACAAGCCUUACCUGUACUGUUUCCGCACCAGUAAGGGUCUGGGUUACUCUGCACACUUUGUGGGUGGCUGUUUGAUUGUCACCUCGUUAAAAUCCAAGGUGAAAGGAUUCCAACACUGUGUGAAGUACGACUUCAAACCACAGAAGUGGUAUAUGGUGACUAUCGUUCACAUCUACAACCGCUGGAAAAACAGUGAAAUUAGCUGCUAUGUGAACGGCGAGCUGGCUUCCUACGGAGAUAUCGCUUGGUUUGUCAACACCAGUGAUACAUUCGACAAAUGUUUCCUGGGAUCGUCUGAGACAGCAGAUGCCAACCGUGUGUUCUGUGGACAGAUGGGGGCGGUAUACCUGUUUGGAGAAGCUCUCAGUGCUGCUCAGAUCUUGGCUAUCUAUCAUUUGGGACCAGGUUACCAGGGUACAUUCAAGUACAAGGCUGAGAGCGACUUGCUGUUUGCGGACCAUCAUAAAGCUUUACUCUACGAUGGCAAGCUGUCCUCCAGUAUUGCCUUCAGCUAUAACCCUCGAGCCACCGAUGCACAGCUCUGCCUUGAGUCUUCUCCCAAGGAAAAUGCCUCAAUUUUUGUCCACUCACCCCAUGCUCUCAUGCUGCAGGAUGUGAAGGCAGUGGUCAGUCAUUCCGUCCAGAGCGGCAUCCACUCUAUUGGAGGUGUGCAGGUCCUCUUUCCUCUGUUUGCACAGUUGGAUUACUGCCAACCCUCCAGCCAGGAGCUGGACACCUCUGUCUGCUGCACGUUGCUAUCCUUUAUGAUGGAGCUCUUGAAGAACUCUGUGGCUAUGCAGGAGCAAGUCCUGGCCUGCAAAGGCUUUCUGGUCAUUGGCUACACUCUGGAGAAGUCUUCCAAAGUGCAUGUGACACGACCAGUCCUGGACAUUGUGCUGGCCUUUUCCAGAUACCUCAGCAACUUGCAGAAUGGCAUCUUGCUGCUCAAGCAGCUCUGUGACCACAUUCUUUUUAACCCUGCCAUCUGGAUCCAUGCACCUGCCAAGGUGCAGUUGACACUCUACACGUACCUGGCUACAGAGUUCAUCAGCACCGUGACUAUCUACAACGCCAUCCGCCGGGUGGGCACCGUGCUUCAGAUCAUGCACACGCUCAAAUACUACUAUUGGGUUAUCAACCCUCAGGACAGCAGUGGAGUUGUGCCUAAAGGUCUAGACGGCCCGAGACCCAGCCAGAAGGAGAUUCAUUCUUUGCGAGCCUUUCUGCUGUUGUUUGUCAAACAGCUCAUAAUGAAGGAUCAUGGUGUGAAGGAAGAUGAGCUCCAGAGUAUCCUCAACUACCUUCUUACAAUGCAUGAGGACGACAACCUCAUGGAUGUACUACAGUUGUUAGUGGCUUUAAUGUCUGAAAAUCCUGCGCCAAUGACUCAGGCCUUUGACACGCGCAACGGGAUACGUGUGAUUUACAAACUGCUGGCUUCAAAAAAUGAAGGAAUAAGAGUGCAGACACUCAAGGUUAUGGGCUAUUUUCUGAAACACUUACCACCAAAGAGGAAAUCUGAGGUCAUGCUGACUCACGGUCUCUUCUCGCUGCUCAAUGAGCGCCUGAUGCUUCAUUCCAGUCAGCUCACCAUGACAACCUACAAUGGUCUCUUUGAGAUUCUUACAGAGCAGAUCUGCACUCAAGUGAUCCAUAAACAGCAUCCGGACCCUGACUCCACUGUGAAGAUUCUCAACCCACAGAUUCUGAAGGUUGUGGCUGCUCUGUUGAAGAACUCGCCCCCGUCCAGUGAGACCAUGGAGGUGCGCAGGGCCUUUCUGUCAGACAUGAUCAAACUGUUCAGUAAUAGUCGAGAAAACCGCAGGACCCUGCUGCAGUGCUCAGUGUGGCAGGAGUGGAUGCUCUCUCUGUGCUUCAUCAACCCCCGAAAUAACGAGGAGCAGAAAAUCACAGAAAUGGUGUACACCAUCUUCCGCAUCCUGCUUUACCACGCCAUCAAAUUUGAGUGGGGUGGCUGGCGCGUCUGGGUGGACACCCUGUCCAUCACCCACUCCAAGGUAGCCUUUGAGCAGCACAAAGUAAACUUGUCCUGUAUGUUUCAUCAGUAUCAACAUCAGGAGUCUACAGGGCCUUUGAGCAGAAUCCGAACUGUUUCUGGUGCUAGCCAAACCUCUGAAUCAAUGGAAAAUGUAAAUGGGCAUCCUGGAGAGUUAACUGCUCCUUCCACUGUCAUUGAACUCAGAGUAGAUGAGUUGUCCUUGAAGUCCGCCGAUUCAGCCUCUAGUUCCACCAUCACGUCCAGCCCACCAGAGACUGUAGAGGAAAAGGAGCGCACAGCCAUCACUGUGUCAAACAUUCUGGCCAGGCCCGAAGACGACCAGAGUGUGGUUCAGGAGUCUUCCAAAGAUGCUUCAGGGGAUGGAAAAAAGGAUAACACCACUGACAUGAUAAAAAGUAGUAAAGAGGAAUUGGGUGAAGAAACCAACCAACAGGAGCCGGUGACUGAAUCUUCCACUGAGAAGAAUGAUACUAAACUACAAGCUACAGUUUCUGGUCUGCCUGAAGUGGAUUACUCUGAAACUCCGGAUGCAGUUGAUCCACAAGUAAAACUGGCUGGAGAUGCUGCUGAAAUGCCUGUGAUUGGUGAUGUUCAAACAACAGAUGACCAAAGAUCUUCAAACUCCAUGACAGAGGACUCUCUUAAUUCUACAGAUGUAGACGGAACAAUGUCUUCAGAGCAAGGUGGUAAGGAUGGACAAAUGUCCUCUGGUGUUUCAGAUGGUCUGGGUGGAGUGUCGGUCUUCAAUGAGGACCUGGCUGAUGUCUCAUCUGUCAGUGACCUGAUACAAUCUAGUAAUGGUGGUGAUAGCCAAGAGGAGUCCUCUAAGGUUGUCACUCCUGCCGAAAAGGGAGAUAAAGAUGACAAAGAGGACAGCAAUGUCAUUGGUGAACAAGGACAUGAUUUGAAAGCAGAAGAAGAUAAAAAUGAUGAGCAGGAGAAUCUGGUACAUGAAAAAACUGAAGCAAGUGAAGAAACUCAAAGCACACAGGUCCCUGUUUCAGAGAGUCAGAGUGUUGAAGCCCAUCCAGCUGAAAUAGUUGGACAAAGAGUGACAGAUACCAAUGAAAAUAUUGAUCUGUCUUCCUCCACUGCCCCUCUAGACCAGCAACCCUCAGAUACCACAUUGCCCUCUACUGGCCAGGGUGUUUCAGAGUCUGCUUUACCUGCAUGUAGUCAUCCUUCAGAAACCACUGAGGAAACGCUGUCUAGAACCCCAGACAGCAUUGCAGAAGCCUCCAGCUCUGUCACAGACAAGAGCGCAGACUCUGCAACCGUGACCAAAGAAUUAAAAAUUGCAAAGCUGGAUGUGUCCAAUGUGGCCUUAGACACUGAUAGACUUCAAUUAAAGGAGAUUGCUACAACGGAAGUAAGCCAAGGCCCAUCUACAACAGCAGCCGCAGCAUCUUCAGGCCAAACCAGAGAAAGCAGCACCUCAGCCCCUCGUUCUACAAUGUUUCGUAUCCCAGAGUUCCGCUGGUCUCAUAUCCACCAGCGACUCCUUACGGACUUGCUCUUCUCCAUUGAGACAGAUGUCCAGAUGUGGAGGAGUCACUCCACAAAGACGAUUUUGGACUUUGUGAACAGCAGUGAGAACGUUGUGUUUGUCCACAACAGCGUCCACCUAAUCUCCCAGGUGGUGGACAACCUCAUCAUGGCUUGUGGAGGCAUUUUGCCGCUUCUGUCUGCUGCCACCUCCUCCACUCAUGAGCUGGAGAACAUCGAACCUUCGCAAGGCCUCACAGUGGAAGCUUCUGUCACCUACUUACAGCGUCUCGUCAACCUCGUUGAUGUUCUGGUCUUUGCCAGCUCUCUAAACUUCACCGAGAUAGAAGCUGAGAAAAACAUGUCGUCAGGCGGCAUCCUUCGACAGUGCCUCCGCCUCGUGUGUGCUAUAGCAGUGAGGAACUGUCUGGAGUGUCAGCAAGCCCACUUUAGGCAUGGCACAGAAGGCUCUGCUCACAGCUACACAGCCAUGCCCAGCACUCUGCUUGGAACAGUCAAGUCUGUCCCUGCACAGAGUCCUGUUGAUGCUGUGACAGGUGGAAUAUCUCCAGUCAGAGAGCUUGACCGACUGCUUCAAGACAUGGACAUUAACCGGCUUAGGGCCAUCGUCUUUAGAGACAUUGAGGACAGCAAGCAGGCUCAAUUUUUGGCUCUUGCUGUGGUCUACUUCAUCUCAGUCCUAAUGGUGUCAAAGUACCGCGACAUCCUGGAGCCCCAUAAUGAUAAGAAACACCCCCAGCGCUCACAGUCUGCCAGGAGCACAGAUAGUGGUGCUAUAACAGGUGGACUAGAAGUUGAGAAUGGCGUCUCGCUCCGGCGGUAUGAUUCUGGCAUUGGCGACGACCACACGUCAGCCGCUGCGAGCGAGUCAGACUUGUCUUCUGCACUGGCUCAAGGUCCAGAUGCCAUUUCUGAGGUGUUGUCUACACUGUCCUCUGAGGUCAAACCUGCUGUGCCCAGUGAUUCAAAGGGCAAGAAUGUGAAGGACAUCCUACGCAGCCUCGUGAGCACUCCGGCUGACGAUAUCAUGGUGGACCCUAGUCUGCUGCCACCUGCAUUUUUAGGAAGUAUGGGAGAUGCUGCCAGAGAUCCAUCACUACAGUUCCGCUCCUUUGAUAGAAGUGUUGUCGUUGGACCCAAGAAAGUGGGCACAGCGCCAUCCCUGAGCUCCUUUUCUGUGACCACUCCUCUCCCAGCAGCUGCUGCUGCUGCCUCUGUGUCUAGUGGUACGCCUGUCGACAGUGUUGCUGUGGUAUCUGCUGGUGAUGCAUCCCAGAACACCUCUGCAGACUCUGCAGCUACAGGCGGCCAGGUUCCAGCCAGCACCAGCUUGCCAUCUGUCCCCCCACUCUCCCCUGUGACCCAGCACACAGCCCCCAGUAUGAGUAUCUCAGAGCGUCUGGAACACGCUCUGGAGAAGGCGGCUCCUCUGUUGAGAGAGAUAUUCGUGGACUUUGCCCCUUUCCUUUCUCGGACCUUGCUGGGCAGUCACGGACAGGAGCUACUGAUCGAGGGAACGAGCCUGGUGUGUAUGAAGUCCAGCAGUUCAGUGGUGGAGUUGGUCAUGCUGCUGUGUUCACAGGAAUGGCAGAACUCCAUUCAGAAGAAUGCUGGUCUGGCCUUCAUCGAAUUGGUCAACGAAGGCAGGCUGCUGAGUCACACCAUGAAGGACCACCUGGUUCGUGUGGCUAAUGAAGCAGAGUUCAUCCUCAGCCGACAGAGGGCUGAAGAUAUCCAUAAGCAUGCAGAGUUUGAGUCUAACUGCGCUCAGUAUGCGGCAGAGAAACGAGACGAGGAGAAAAUGUGUGACCACCUGAUUCGAGCAGCCAAGUACCGUGACCAUGUAACAGCCACACAGCUCAUCCAGAAGAUUGUCAACAUCUUGACCGACAAACAUGGAGCUUGGGGAAAUGCCUCCAAAAGCCGGCCGAGGGAGUUCUGGCGCCUGGACUACUGGGAGGACGAUUUAAGGCGGCGACGUCGCUUCAUCAAGAACGCCUACGGAUCCACUCACUCAGAGGCUGCGCUUAAAGAGGCGGCCGAGCCCGCAGCUGACGUCAUUGCUUCUGAGGAGGACAUUCUGAAAGGCAAGCAGUCCAUCGGGACUCAGGCUCUGGGAAAUCAAAACUCUGAGAGCGAGUCCUUAGUGGACGGAGACGAUGACACCCUGUCCUUAGAGGACAAGGACUUGGAGAAUUUGACAGGCCCGGUGAACCUGAGCACCAGCGCGCAGCUGGUCGCUCCGGCCGCCGUGCUCAAAGGCACUCUGUCAGUCACCGCAUCCGAACUCUACUUCGAAGUGGACGAAGAGGAUCCGGCCUUCAGGGCUCUUGAUCCUAAGAUUUUAGCCUACACAGAGGGUCUUCAUGGAAAGUGGUUGUUUGCAGAGAUCCGUGCUGUCAUUACCAGACGAUAUCUACUGCAAAAUACUGCUCUGGAAAUCUUCAUGGCCAACAGAACGGCAGUAAUGUUCAACUUCCCAGAUGCUUCUGCUGUCAAGAAGGUGGUCCACAGUCUUCCCUGUGUUGGGGUGGGAACCAGUUUUGGCCUUCCACAAACCAGGCGGAUCUCUCUGGCCACCCCUAAGCAGCUAUUCAAAACCUCCAACAUGACUCAGCGAUGGCAGCGACGUGAGAUCUCCAACUUUGAGUACCUCAUUUUCUUGAACACCAUAGCUGGCCGCACCUAUAAUGACCUGAAUCAAUACCCCGUCUUCCCCUGGGUUAUCACCAACUAUGAUUCAGAGGAACUUGACUUGACUCUGCCCAGCAACUUCAGAGAUCUGUCCAAGCCCAUUGGUGCUCUGAACCCCAAGAGGGCAGCAUUCUUCUCAGAGCGCUUUGAGUCCUGGGAGGAUGAUCAGGUACCAAAGUUCCACUACGGCACCCACUACUCCACCUCCAGCUUCACCCUGAUGUGGCUCCUACGAAUUGAGCCCUUCACCACAUUCUUCCUUAACUUACAAGGAGGGAAGUUUGAUCAUGCUGACCGCACCUUCUCUUCAGUGUCCCGGGCCUGGAGGAACUGCCAGAGAGACACGUCUGAUGUUAAGGAGCUGAUCCCAGAGUUCUACUACCUUCCAGAGAUGUUUGUCAAUGCUAAUGGUUACAGCCUGGGCACGAUGGAAGAUGGCAUUGUGGUCUCUGAUGUGGAGCUGCCGCCCUGGGCAAAAACCCCGGAGGACUUUGUGCGCAUCAAUCGCAUGGCACUAGAGAGCGAGUUCGUGUCCUGCCAGCUCCACCAGUGGAUCGAUCUGAUCUUUGGCUACAAGCAGCAGGGACCUGAAGCGAUCAGAGCUCUCAAUGUUUUCUAUUACCUCACGUAUGAAGGCGCUGUCAACUUGAGCUCCCUCAGUGACCCCAUGCUCAGAGAGGCUGUGGAGUCGCAGAUAAGAAGUUUCGGACAGACGCCUUGUCAGUUGCUCAUUGAGCCACAUCCACCCCGAAGCUCAGCCAUGCAAAUGUAUCUCCUUCUGCAGACGCCCCUGAUGUUUACGGAGCAGAUGCAGCAGGAUGUUAUCAUGGUGUUGAAGUUCCCAUCCAACUCUCCUGUGACUCACAUAGCAGCCAACACCCAGCCAGGUCUGACAUCACCGGCUAUCAUCACCGUCACCGCCAGCCGCCUGUUUGCAGUCAACAAGUGGCACGGCCUGGCAGGUCAUCAAAGCUCAAACGUGCAGGAGCAGCAGUACCUACUUCCAGUGGAAAUUGACCCCUUGAUAGCCUCUAUCAUGGGCGGUCACCGUCGCCAGAUCUCAGACCUCCUGGACCAGAGCAUUCAGAUCAGCUCCCAAUCUUUUGUCAUCACAGCUGAUAACCGCUUUAUCCUUCUUUGUGGCUUCUGGGACAAGAGCUUCCGUGUCUACUCUACUGACACAGGAAAGCUGACGCAGAUAGUGUUUGGGCACCGUGAUGUGGUGACGUGUCUGGCCCGAUCCGAGUCGUACAUUGGAGGAGAUUGUUACGUCCUGUCAGGCUCCAGAGAUGCAACCCUGCUGCUGUGGUACUGGAACGGAAAACACAGCAGCAUAGGAGAGAGUCCAGGCACAGAGUUUGUCACACCCCGAGCCAUCUUAACAGGCCAUGACUGUGAGGUUACAUGUGCAAGUGUGUGUGCCGAGUUGGGUCUCAUCAUCAGUGGGUGCAAAGAGGGUCCUUGUCUGAUCCAUUCCAUGAAUGGGGACCUGCUGCGGACCCUGGAGGGACCAGCGCAGUGCACACGGCCGCGUCUCAUCCAGUCUUCCACUGAAGGACACUGCUUCAUCUACUACGACAAGGGACAGUUUUGUCUCUUCAGUGUCAAUGGCAAACUGCUGCGACACAUGGAGGUGGAUGACAGCAUCAAGGCCAUGCUUCUCAGCCGUGACGGUCAGUAUCUGGUGAUCGGCGGUGACGGAGGCGUUGUGUCUGUCUGGCAGAUCCAUGACCUCAAACAGCUAUUCAUCUACCCGGGCUGCGACGCAGGAAUCCGCUCCAUGGCCAUGUCACAUGAUCAAAGGUGCAUCAUUACUGGCAUGGCUUCUGGAAGUAUUGUGCUCUUCUACAACGACUUUAACCGGUGGCACCACGAGUACCAGACCAGGUACUGAGCUGACGGCAAGAUGACUGACAAAAGCUUUUAUACCGUUGAAAGAUCCUAAGUGUGAACUCAAUGGCACUAUCCUGAAUGUAUAUCCAAGGAAAAAACAAACAAAACUGUCCUAUUAUAGAAAAAUGUCACUAUUUUUUAAAAAGGGCAUUGCUAUAUUUUGUAGAUCAGAUAGUAAAUUUUCAUAUAAAUAAAUCAUAGGGUGGGGGUUAUGUUGUUGUAUGAUUAAAACAAAUCUAUUUUUAGCUGCAAGAGUCUAUUUUCUUCUCUGGAAACAAAGAAGGACUUUUGGGGGAAAUACUGUCUGUUGACUUAAUCCAAAUAUUUGUGUGAUUUUUGGUGAGUAAUCUUUUUUCUGUGAGUAUGUGGGGAAUUUUGACGUGGUCACUGUGGAACCACAGCAGGUAGACGAGUAAAGAGGGAUGGUAGCUUUUGUAUCUAUAUAUACUAAAAAUGAAAUCUCAGUCAAGUGUUUCCAUUUCCUCUGUGCUUGCUGACAGAUUUUCUGUGCAUGCCUCAUAACUACGAUAAUGCACACAGAUAAAUCGACUAACGGGCGUCACUUUUGUUUUCUGUCCAAACUGACUGAACAAUCAGCUAAUUGUUUUUCCAAAGACAAUACUAAUGGAAAAAGUGUGGCUGUGACAGUUAAUUUCCACAGAACGUAGUUUUUUUUUCUUUUCUCACCCACACUAAAUGUCCACAUCAUGUAAUGUGCAUCCAAACCAGGAGGUGGCAGCAGUGUGCCAUGAAGGGCUGAGACAUUUUUGCUGAUGAGCAACACCGCCUCACCUUAAAGGGAACAUUUUGACAUUUUUUUCAAUCUGGGUGGUAUUUUUAGACAAUUUGGCAUAUAUCUUUUUCAGUUGGUAAAAAAAUUAAUAAAUUUAAUUUCUUUGUUAGCAUCCAGGCUCCUCAUCAAUAGUAAUCUUGUAAUGACUCAAUGGGCAGGAGGUUAAGGUUAGCAGCUAAGUGUGUAAUUGGUCAUUUAAAAAAACAAAAACAACAAAAAAAGUUUUUUAAUGAGGUAAACAUACAAGUGUUUAUCUCCGUAGGAACCAUCGCCAUGCUACCAGAUAUUUCUCAUAACUACCUUGAACCAGUGACUCGGUUUUAACAUUGGUUAAGAUGUUACACUGGUACUUCAGCAUCUUCACAAAGGUUAAAAGGUCAAUGCGAGACAUAGCUUUCCUGUUCUGAACCACUGCGACAGUAUUAACAACUUGUUCAAACCACCUACUGCUGUCACACAUUUUGUUUUUAUGUUGCAAAUUUAAUGUUUUCGCAAGAGACUGUGCACUUUUACUAGAGUUUGAAAAUGUGGGUGCAGCGUAAUAGCUUGACCCAACUGAUUCACAAGGUCAGAACUGAACCAUUGACUGAUUUGUAGUACAUUUAGAUCAGUUCAGGGUUCUGUGUAUCAAUGUAGUUGUAUUAAUAUUAAAAUCUGUUUCUGACUCAUAUUGGCUAAUUGUUAAAUGGGAUUGUUUUAUCAGUGGUAACAAGUGGUUUACUUUGUUUGUAGCUUGCCCCGUACCCUUACAAUAUAUAUCUAGUUAACCUGUGAUGAUGUUUGCAUUCUAAACCCAUACGGCACAGAUCACAAUAACCUUUGUCCAGAGUUAAAAUAUUAACCCCAAAACUUUAAAAAAUAGAGCCCAGAUUGACAAAAAAAUGUCACAGUUUCUCUUUAAAGUCCUGACUAUUUGCAAAGAAAACCUGCACUGUCUUGGCCUUUCAUAGCCCCUCCCCAAUCCAUCCACCGGUCUAAAUGACCUUAGCCUCUUCAUCCUUCCGUUUGGUUUCCAAAGACGUCUUCAUCACAGGCGUCCAAAAGUUGUGGUUCUGCGGUAAAGCUGCAGUGAAUUAAGUUUCUCUUUGGCUCUCUGGCACAAAAACACAACUUCUUCUCUAUCUUUAUUUUUGCGGAAUUGUUCUUUUAAGGUUUGCGCUUAAUGUGGUUUGAGUCUCCAGCUAUACAAGAAGUUCUGCAUCUAUCACUUGAUAUUUUGGCAAUCAUUUGGAGUGUUUUGUGUGUGACUUCUGACAAUAAAGUGGAAUUUUAUAACUUGA